AGGACAUCAGCACCGUUUCGGUUAUUUUGGACAAUAUGUCAGGACCCAAGGAAAUUUUGCCAAGCUCAGUUCUAAACGAACCAAGCAGUAUGACUAUGUCCGCUGUGACGUCAGAAAGACCUGACAUAUUAAGCAUGAUGGACUUGGCAGGACAUCUCAUCGAAAUAACAGCAUUAAAUGAAGAAAUAGAAACAGCUUCUGAUAUCCCAGCCCCUUCUGCAACCCUUGCAUCUGAAAAAAGUGAGGUGCUCUCUAUGAAUUCUUCUUUCCCUGAGGCUGAAGAAGUGCAAACGUCUAGUUUUGCUACUCAGCAGUCAACAUUUUCUCGGUCAGAAAUCGCAUCGCAAGAGAUGCUCAGUGUGGUCUACGAUUUUGGCUUGGGUUUAACGGAGCCUGUUCCUCUGUCUUCAAACAUGGAUGUUCACCGCAACUCCUCGGGUGUCAUGUCUUCAGCCAAAUCAUUAGAGAAUCUGUGCACACCUACCAGCAGCACCCCAUCAACUCAAGACCAGGAACAUGACGUUUACCCCCCGUCCACUUUCAGUAAUCCCAGAGAAGCAACCAUCAGCACUAGCGCAGGUGAUUCUUUCAAAGAGGAGUCGGUUCAAAGUUAUAUUGGAAAUCAAGUGAAUGCGUCUGACUAUCUGAAGAAUUAUACAUUUUCACACAACGACCAUGAGUAUUCGUUGUCUCAACAAGACUCGUCCUUCACAAAUCUAGUGAGUUCUUGUACAGACCCAAUAAUACACGCUUUUAUCACAGGUGCAAACGAUAAUACUUCUGUUGGGGACUUCCCCAAGACUCCUCGUGUCUUUAGCGCAUCGUCUACACAUCAUAGCAACCCUGCCCCAGCGCAGACAGAUGUCAGUUUCGAUUUAGAUCAUAUCCAGCCUUCGUUCCCAUCGUUUGAACAAUCAGCCAGUACACCCGAUAUUUUGUUACCUCACGUUGAUGGCACUGUUUUGGAUACAGGCUCAAUGGCCUCUCAAAACAUCUGUCUUUCCUCAUCUGCUGCUCCCGAAGCAAAUUAUACCGCUCCUAUUACUUCAACACUCCCUAUGUUAGACAGUGCUUCGGACGAUAGGUUUCAUUUCGCUUCAUUCUCAGAGAAAGAAUUUGACCCGACAACAAAUCAAUCUUAUGUAGACAUAACAGACGCCUUCAUUGACAGUGCCACAACAAUGGCAGACACAUGUCCAGUUUCCCAACCGAAAACAUCAAACAGUUUCUCCCAGAACUCAUACCAAGAGCCGACAAUGCAACCCGCUAUUGGUGCGUAUCGUGGCACUCUGGACUUAGUGAUAAGUACAACAAGCGAUCUGCCUCAAGGUGCCAUUGAACUAAUCUCAAGCAGUUCUACAAGUCAGGAAACUCCCAACUUUAUUUCACCCGAAUCUUCCUCUUAUAACUAUUUUUCACUUGCUCAAAGUAUUCUAAAUUGUACCAAUAUUGUGAACUGCCAGCCCUCUACGUUAGGCGAAUCUCAUACAGAACAACCCACAUUUUCAGACUCAACGCCCACGGUGACUUGGGACUUGGAUACCGACUUUGUGACAGGGAAUGAUGGAGAAGAAAUAGAAAACAAUUUUGUGGAAGAAAACGAGGUGGCAGGAACGGUAGGCAACUUAGACAUUCUUUAUGACACACCGAUGGAUGCUUUACAAAAUCGUUUCAUUCACGAACUCUCUCUUUCAGAGCAAAAUAUGAAAGAACCUCCUUCCUGUACCGCAAAUAACUUGUCUCCUUACUCUUUUGCUAAUGUUUCGACCAAGCACAGACGAGAUGUUUCUAAUUCGGAACAUAGCCGCAAUGCGCAUUAUGGCACAGACUUUCAAACUAAUCUUCAGAAACUGCAAGUCGUUGAGGUAGGUUCGAAAGUUAGUACUACGUGUCUAAAGAGACCAGCUUCGUUAAGUACUCUCCAAACUAAUCACAGUCCAGUACAAAGACAGAUGUCUACUCCACAUGAACACUGGAGCGCUGAAAACCUCAAAGGGGGUGUAGAUAGUUGGUCACUGUUCAGUGAGACGUUGGCAACAGGCACACACUCCGAAACGGAAAAAUCUGCAGAAACAGUAUCCUCUGUCAUUUCCACCACCCCCUCCGCGUGCUCAUUGACUUCCAGUAUCUCUAAGCAGCUGGUGAGCGCCGGGGCAUCUUUGUUCUCUGUUGCCUCCACAAUUCGACCAAAACCUCCUUUGGAAUUUUCAUCAGACGCCAUUUUGAGUCCCAGCGAUGUCCUAAAACUGCUGCCCGGAGCUACAGAAAAGUUGGGGAAAAAGCAACCUCUGACCACACCUUUGUCAACUCCUUCCCAGUCUCCCUCUCAAAUAACGCGCGGCCUCUCAGAAUCGAGUAACGUAAGCUUCGCCGACUCUGACAUCAGCAGCACUUUCUCUGUUGCCUCCUCAUCUGUGACAGAGGGAGAAGGAGCGGGUGAGGAAUCUUCCAGCAGAUAUGUCUCAGUGAAGGCAUCUCUGAGAUCAAAACUGAUGACAAGCACAACGCCAAUGGAUAAGGCUAUGACUUCUCCUCAGUCCAUACAGGGAAAAGAAGCAGCAGUUUCCGGGACCAGCUCAUCUCGCAGAACAACUCAUCCAUCCCGACCCUCCACAUCAGCAGAGAACGAUUCUGAAUCGGUUCCUUUCGGAGCAUUCACGGAUUCUGACGAAGAAGAGGAAGAUGAAGAGGAAGAGGAAGAGUUGAAGUAUGAGGAAGAAGAAGAGGAGCCGAGGGUGAAAAAGAAGAAAACUGAGGAGGAAACUGAAGAAACAAGGCUGGCUAAACGGGAGAAAAACAGACUAGCAGCCCAGAAAUGUCGGCAUCGACAGCGAACCAAAAUUGAAACGCUCUCGAAGCAGGUGACUCGCCUCGAGGACAAACAGAGCCGUGUCAAGACUGAGGUAGAGCGUCUGCGGGAGGAGAGGGAGGUGCUGGAGGAGAUGUUGAGAGCUCACGACUGUGUGUGUCAGAACAAGGACAAGUUGGGCGCCAGAAAAGGGAAGGGUGUAGGGGAAAAAAGAAAAUUAUAACAGAACGUUGUUGUUUUGUUGUUAUUUUUUAUACUUGGUGAGUUUGUAACUGGCCAACAAGUUGUAAAAAUGACACCCUCCUAAACCAUUACAUUAAACCAUCAUCUUAACAAUAACAACAGCAGCAGCAGCAGCAGCAGCAGCAGCAGCAGCUAUUACAGCAAAACAUCGUCAACAAUAAUUAAAGCAACAGAAACGACAGUAGCAAAAGAAGAACCAACAGCAGGAGCAGCCAGAAGCAGAAGCAAAAGCAACACGGAGGUACAGCAUUGAACUAAACUAUUGUAUAUU